AUGGAGUAUAAAGAAGACACUCAAACGGAUGUAGUUUCAUCAGAACAUAUAUCUUCGAAAACAUUUAUAUUUUCUAAACCGCGUGUAGUUAACCUUCCUAAAUCUAUUAAUUUUGGGAUUAAUUUUGAACAGGUAUCAGAUGGAUUCAAAAGAAAAGAUUUAUUUACCUUUGCUAUGCCAGUUUCAGCGACAAAGUCCAAUAAUCAAGAUUUUCAAUCGGAUACAUAUGAAAAGCAAUACAAACCAAAAAUAUCAAGAAAUUCUUACAAACCAGCAGUUAAUGUAUUUGCUCAGGCACUUAAGGAUACUGCAAUGUUAGAGCAGUUAAACAAAAAUUCGAGAUCUCAGGUUGCUAAAAUUAAUUUAGAAAACUCUAUAACAUGUACAAAUGUACCCCAUUCAUUACUGACAAAAGUAACAGCAAAAGAAUAUUUUAUCAGAUUUGGGAAUCUUUCAAAAAUUACUAUUCGUCCCAGAAAACAAACAAUUAUUGUUGUUUAUGCUACUAAAGAAGAAGCAGAUGUAGCUUAUAAUAAAAGUGGUGAAUAUUUGGGAGAAAAAUUUAACAUAGAAUGGACAAAAUCAACUGUUUCACCAAAAUCUCCUACAAAAAGAAAAGAUAUACAAAAGAAUAAAAUUUACAAUGUAUCUCAAAUUGUAUCUAAUUUUUUAAAAUCAUCUGACGAUGAGAUUAAAUUAGAAUUAGAUGCUAUGACAAAUCUUGAGUAUAAUCUACAUAGUAGAAAUAGUUUUGAUGAAACUUUAGUUAAAAAACAUAAAACAUUGCAAUCAGAGAGUAUGCCAAAAUCUACUGAUAAAAAAAGAUUAGAGAGAACAUCUGCAAAAACUGAAAAACAUAAAGUUGAAAGUCAAAUAUCUGAUUUACUACCAAAUGCUACUAUUGAAGAACUACAAAAUAUAAUUCAACAACCUGCAUAUACUUCUGAAGACAAAUAUAAAGUACUAGAAGCAAGAGAUCGACUUAUGCGGAUGAGACAAACUAAAUCACAUACAUUAGCAGCAGCUAAAGUAAUGAUUGGAAUUUGUCCUGAUAUGUGCCCUGAGAAAGAACGUUUAAUGCGUGAGUCAAAAAGACAAGUGGCAUUAUAUGAACAGCUUGAAAUCAAUGAAUACAAAAUAAACCACAUGACAGCAGUCAAACAAUAUUCCAGAUCUUCUGCAGAUCAAGAAGAACCAAUGGCACAUGAAUUAAGACCAGUAAAAUCUCUAAAAAUGACUAUGAGUUAUUUACUUCAUGAAAUAGUAAAUCUGUGUGAUCAACAGGGGACAAACUUGGGAGAGUGGUACCAUUUUUUAUGGGAUAGAACAAGAGGAAUUCGAAAAGAUAUAACACAACAAGAAUUAUGUUGUACUGAUAGCGUAGAAUUAGUUGAACAAUGUGCUAGGUUUCAUAUAGUAUGUUCUGAAAGACUUUGUGCAGAACAACCAUCUGUUUUUGAUAAAAAAAUUAAUUCUGAUAAUUUAACAAAAUGUUUACAAUCAUUAAAAUACAUGUAUCAUGAUUUAAGAGUAAAAGAAAUUAUCUGCAAAAAUGAACCUGAAUUUCGAGCAUAUAUUAUUUUAUUAAAUUUAAAUAAUGGUAAUUUUAUGUGGGACUUACAAAGAUUACCAAAUAAUAUACAAAAAUCAUCGGACGUCCAAUUUGCAUUAGAUAUAUAUUCUGCUCUUGAGUCAAAUAACUAUUAUAAAUUUUUUAAACUUGUUCAGAAAACUACAUAUUUAAAUGCAUGUAUCUUACUUAGAUAUUUCAAUCAAGUGAGAUUAAAAGCACUAUCAGUACUAGUCAAAGCUUAUUGCAGGACUACAUCAACAGCAUAUCCAUUAUACGAAUUAAUUGAUAUUUUGGGUUUUGAGGAUGAAAAUGAAGCUAUAUAUUUUUGUGAACAAGUAGGAUUAAAUGUUUCAAAAGAUGGUUUACAUGUAUUAUUGAAUCGAAAUAAUUUUACAAUGCCUGUAUUAAAUAUAAAACAAGAUAGAGCAUGUAAUUUAAUAGAUUCUAAAAGAAUUAUGCAAAAUUUAUCCAUUGGAGAAUGUAUAGCAGGAGGAAAUAUCCCAGAAAAAACUUACAAAUAUCACAAACCUCAUAAUAGUUUUGAUUUACAUGGUUAUUUAAAGUCUGAUUCUAUUAGUGCAGAAGAUCAAAAUAAGGGUAUUAUUUCUGUCUCAAUUGAUCCAUAUGAAUUUAUAGAUGAAGAUAUAAUGAAGACGGAGCAAUCCAUGUCAAUGUCUGGAAAAAGUCAAAAUGAUAAUGAAAAUACGCUUAUUAUUGAACAAAAAAGUACACCAAAAUUUGUUUCAAGCAUUGAAAAUCCAAAUUUUUCAACAACCAUAAAAUUUAGUACUAAUAUCUCCUUUGUUCCUAAAUCUCAGAUACAAAUUAAUGAAUUUCCAACAAGUACAAAUUCAUCCUUAGUAACAUCGAAAACAGAAAAUCAGAAAGAUUCAAAGACAUUUAGCUUUAUAUCAAAACAACAACCAAGUGAGUCUCCUGUUUUGCCUAAUGUAUCAAACGUAACAUCAACAAUUUCUAAAACAUCUAGUCUAUUCUUUAAAUCUACCAUUCAACAAGAACUGUCAUCAAACAGUAGUGUAUCUCCAUUUCCAUUUGCAACAACUACAAAUAAAAAUAUAUUUUCAGAAAUAUCACAAGGAAAUAUAUUUAUGAAAAAUUUUACAUCUGCUAUAUUUCCUAAUACAUAUUCAAAUUUACAAACUAUUUCAAAAUUACCAAAUAUUGAAAAUCCUGCAAUUAUCACAAAUAAAACUAUAUCAAAUGAAACAACAAACUUCUUUGCAAAUACAACAAAAUUGAAAAGACAACCUUCACAAGAAGAGAAGGCUGAAAAUUUAAAAUUAGAAGAACAUGAAUCUAUUAAAAAGACACAACAGAUUAAUGAUACUGCAACAAAAAUAUUGAAUACUUUAGAAACAGAAAUAGUACAAGAAUACUGUUCUGCUAUAGUAAAGGAAGAAAUAGAUAAAAUACAUAUUUACAAUGUAUCUAGUAAGGACAUUACCAAUGAAAUUUUUAGUCAAGUAACUUAUCAAAUUUGUGAUAAUUUAUUAAAGGAAGAAAUUGACAAUGAACAAAAAUUAUAUGAAAUGUCAGUGAAAUUAAAAAAUAGAGUAAUUAUAAAAUAUUUCAAUAAAUGGAGAUUUAAUACAUUGAAGAAAAAGCAACAAAGAAUAGCAUUAGAAAAUACACCCGUAUGGUUGCAAAAAUAUACUAGUGAACAAUGUGCAAAAUUAUUUUACACUAAAGAACAAGAUUUAGUUAUUAAAAGUAUGUGUAAAAAGCACGAUGAAAUGAAAGAUAUUAAAUGUUACUCUGAAUCUUUAGCACCAAUUCAUAUUAUAAUUUAUAUUGGUAUUAAAGAACAUUUGAAAUCUUUAAACAUUGAUAUACAUCCCAAUUGUUAUUGGAAACUAAUUAUUUCUUGGCCAAACUUAUAUAAUAAAGCAGUUUUAUGGCAUCAUAAAAAAAUAAUGAAUCAGUAUCUUUACCCUGAAGAUUAUUCUGCAGAUCCUAUCAUAAAACUGUAUCAACCAAAUCAAAAUGAAACAUUCUAUAUCUGUAUCAGACAUUUUGAAGGCCUGAUUAGUGAACAUAAUUUAAUAGGAUCAGAUGCUCUUUUAUUUAUAGCAGAUGCUUCUGAAGAAAUUAAAUUUAUUGUGAAACGUUUAACAAAAAUUGUAUUAUCUAGAGACAAGUUUAUGCCCAUACCACUUGUAUUUCUUAUUUUGGGUAAUUCAGUAUUUCAAACUCAUGAUGAAGAACUUAUUUCUAGUUUGGAAAAACUAUUGAAAGCUGGAUAUUUAUCAGUUUAUACAAUCAUACAUGAAAAAAUUUUAACUGAAGAAACAAUUUUAAAUUUAACACAAAGUGCAAUUUUUUGGUUGUCCACAAAUAAAUCACCUCAAAAUCCACUAGAAAUGGAUUAUUUGCAAAAUAUUUAUAAUACUUGCUUGACAGAAGACUUAUGGCUAAGAAUACAUGAUAACUCGCUCUUCAAUGAAAAAUUAUUACAUGCUUUAGAGAAGCCUAAAUUUAUCAUUGAUUUACAUAACGAAGCAGUCUCUCAUAUGAUGGACAUAAUUCUAGAUUCAGAAUCUUUCAUGUAUACAAAAUUUGCUCCCGAGUUUAAAAAAUUCAUAAAAAAUCAGUGUAUGCUACCAUGCACUUAUGAAUACUUUGAUGAUAUUUGGAAAAAUGAAGAUUAUAAAGCAGAAUUAGAAAAAAUAAUGUCUACUUUUAAGCUACCUCAGUGGAAGUAUCCAUGGCCUAUAAACAAUAGUAUCAUACUUCGUCAAAACUUAAAAAAAUAUUGCCAAGAAUUAUUUACUUCUAUUAGUGAGGAAAUAUCUUGUAGUAUGUUAAGUAACUUAUUUUUUACAACUGGCAUUUCAACCUCAUCGAAUUUUAGUGAUGUUUUACUAUACAUCAUUAAGCAAAAGAUGUAUCUUCUUGAUAAAAAUUUGAAAGUAAUUUAUAAUAAGAAUUAUAUGAAAUGUUUUCGAACUUUACCAUGGUGGUCAAAGUCUACUCUAUUAGCUGAAUAUAAAGUUAUACCAAAAUGUAUUAAUAUUCACGAAACUGAAAAGGAAAAUAAAAAAAUAACUGAUGUCAAUGAACCAGUGGUAAAGAAACAAAAAUUAAACAAAUUUCAAGAAAACAAGUUUGAACUUGAGCCAUUGGCAACAUUUUGUGAAAAUAGUCGUAGUCAAGUAAUGGAAGUGCAUUGUAUUUCGAAAAAGAUUGAAAAUUGUUUAAAGGAACAUCAAGAGCAAAGUUAUUUAUUUGAAGAAAAAUUAAAGAAUGCUUUGUUUAGUGAAAUGAAGUAUACUUAACGAGUUGUGCGUGCAUGUAUGUGUAUGUGUGUGUGCGCGCGCG